UUUUCACAAACGCACCAUCCAGCUGUCAAAAAAUCUAGACUCUUCCGCUUCACAAUAGAACACACCAGAGGGUACAACCUGCGAACUUAUAUAUGCAGUAGUAGUAGUAUAUGCAGGAAUUUUACUCUGAUGUUUGUCGCGAUGCAGUAUAAACAACAUUAAAACGCUGAGCUUUGGAUAAGUAUUUCCGUCUGUGUCGACUCCAACCGACAGAGAUGGAGAAAUUCGAAGGCUACAUCUUCGCAGCUCUGUGCAGCAUCAACUUCUUGGUUUCGUGUCUGAUUUUCUCCAGAGUCACUCGGGAGCAGAGGGAACCGUACAUGGACGAGAUUUUCCAUGUGCCGCAAGCCCAAAAAUACUGCAAUGGAAAAUUUAACGAGUGGGACCCCAUGAUCACCACACUCCCAGGUCUGUACCUCAUCUCUGUGGGAGUCAUCAAGCCUGUGGUGUGGCUGGCCAACCUCACAGGUGAGGUGGUGUGUUCCACGGCCAUGCUGCGCUUCGUCAACCUGCUCUUCAACUGUGGAAACCUUUACCUGCUGUAUCUGCUCAUCUGUAAGCUUCACCUCAGAGAGAAGACACGAUCAGCCUCACGCCGGAUCCUGUCAGCUCUGUCUCUGUCCUCGUUCCCGGUGCUGUAUUUCUUUAACUUCCUCUACUACACUGACGCUGGAUCCACUUUCUUCAUUCUCUUCACGUAUCUCAUGACGCUCCACGGCUGCCACAAAGCCUCGGCUUUCCUGGGUGUCUGCUCCGUGUUUUUCCGUCAGACCAACAUCAUCUGGGUGGCCUUCUGCGCAGGCACGCUGGUGGCGGCCAAAAUGGACGACGCCUGGAGGGUGGAGCACACGAAAAAGAGGGAUGAGAAGUCUCUGCCCUCCCAGGUGCCUCUGUCGUUCAGCGGCGUGAAGAAAGUGACGCUCUGCGUGCUGGAGUUCCUGACAUCACCUGGUCACGUGAAGGCGGUGCUGCUGGUGGCGUGGCCUUACGCGGUGGUCGCCGUUGGUUUCCUGCUGUUUGUGCUGCUGAACGGUGGGAUUGUGGUUGGCGACAGGACGAACCACGAGGCCUGCCUCAACUUCCCUCAACUCUUCUACUUUUUCUGCUUUGCCUUCUUCUUCUCCGCCCCCGUCGCACUCUGUUACCACCGCGUCCUCCGCUUCCUGCAGGCUAUGAAACGGCAGCCGGUGCUCUUCCUCCUGGUCACCGUUGUCUCUGUGCUGCUCAUUUGGAAAUUCACUUACGUGCAUAAGUACCUGCUGGCAGACAACCGUCACUUCAACUUCUACGUGUGGAAAAAGUUCUACCGGAGGCACGAGCUGAUUCGAUUCCUCGUCAUCCCGAUAUACGUUUUCUGCGGGUGGAACUUUCUGGACUCUUUCAAGCCGCGGUCACUCUUCUGGACUCUGGCCUUCUGGGCCUGUCUCCUGGCCGCCACGGUGCCCCAGAAGCUGCUGGAGUUCCGGUACUUUAUCGUUCCUUACCUGAUGUACCGGCUGCACAUGCCGCUCCCUUCACUCCACAGACUCGUGGUGGAGUUCCUCUUCUACAGCGCCGUGAACGCAGCCACCGUUUACAUCUUCAUCACCAAGACUUUCCACUGGCCGGACAGCACGGCCACGCAGAGGUUCAUGUGGUGAUUCUGGGACGAACUUGUCAGUCAGUUGAUGUGGUUCUGGUUUUUUACAGUUACUUGGAUGUAAGAAGACAGGGUGUGUUUUUGGUUUUUGUUUUUCUUGGGCUUUUGUAUUACAAUGUGAAUAUUUUUAAAAACAUAAAUAUGGUGUAAAUAUGAUUUAAAAAAAACCAAACAAAUUCCAGCCAUAUAUUGUAUAUAAACGUGUGUUAAACCAAGAUUUUUGCCAGUAAAGAACACACACAUGACAAAUUAAAAUUCACUGUGUGUUUUUGUUUUGCUUAAUCAGUGGUUUCAUGUGUUUUAGCUCUUCAUACUCAUGGAUUAUGUCACAGAAAAUCACGUUAUUUACACGAAAAUGACAGUUUGACAUGGUCUGUUACUGUAAUUUAUUCUUAAUUUUAUUUUGUUUAAUUUUUUUUGUCCUAGCUGUAUCGUCUUCCGUUUUCCUGUUCUUUGUUUUCCAGUUGUACACUGCUUCACCUGCUUUGAAUAAAAAAACCUGAAUAUAAA